AUUUUUCACUUAUUUAGUAUAUUUCUGAAUUUACAGGAUUGUUUCUGUACUUCACGAACACGAGUUGAAUCACUCAGACCUGAAAAACACUCUGAAACCAGUACCCAUCAAAACUUGGUUGAUGAGCCAACCCUUUCCUUGUUGCCUCCAUCCACUAGAGCCAGUGAAGUGAUCUGUUCCACUAGCGUUUCUCACUAUGAACUCCAAGUGGAAAUAGGAAGAGGAUUUGACAACUUGACUUCUGUCCAUCUUGCACGGCAUACUCCUACAGGAACACUGGUCACUGUAAAAAUUACAAAUCUGGAAAACUGCACUGAAGAACGCCUGAAAGCUUUACAGAAAGCAGUGAUUCUAUCCCACUUUUUCCGGCAUCCCAAUAUUACAACUUACUGGACUGUUUUCACUGUUGGCAGCUGGCUUUGGGUUAUUUCUCCUUUUAUGGCCUAUGGUUCAGCAAGUCAACUCUUGAGGACUUACUUUCCUGAAGGAAUGAGUGAAACUUUAAUAAGAAACAUUCUCUUUGGAGCAGUGAGAGGGUUGAACUAUCUGCAUCAAAAUGGCUGUAUUCACAGGAGUAUUAAAGCCAGCCAUAUCCUCAUUUCUGGUGAUGGCCUAGUGACCCUCUCUGGCCUGUCCCAUCUGCAUAGUUUGGUUAAGCACGGACAGAAGCAUAGGGCUGUGUAUGAUUUCCCACAGUUCAGCACAUCAGUGCAGCCGUGGCUGAGUCCAGAACUACUGAGACAGGAUUUACAUGGAUAUAAUGUAAAGUCAGAUAUUUACAGUGUUGGGAUUACAGCAUGUGAAUUGGCCAGUGGGCAGGUACCUUUCCAGGACAUGCACAGGACUCAGAUGUUGUUACAGAAACUGAAAGGCCCUCCUUAUAGCCCAUUGGAAGUU